AGCUUGCAUACCGAGCACUGAGUAUCUGUAAUCGACCUCCUUUCUAUAGUCUAGUCUCUCAAUCUAAAAAGUCAUAUAAUCUAUCCAGUUUCAGCGUCCAGCGUUCUUUCUAAGAUUUUGAGGUAUUCUAUUCGAAGCUAAAUGAGCCUCACAUACCCUAUCCUAUACAUCAUUCACUUCUUUACCCAAACGUUCCUUUUUAUAAAACACCUCUUUGAUCGCAUCACCGCCUUCGUCAAAUCCAUUUGGAAAUCCCGCGAACUUUCACAGCCGCCUACCCCUCAACCAAAAUCUCCUCCACCGCCACAGCCUCCUUCCAAAUCUCCUGUCCGAGAGCUCAGGGCCAGGAAGCCUCAUUCCCAGCCCUCUGCCCGAGAAUUCAAGAUCAGAAAUCUUGACGGGUCGAAAGAGGUGUUUCGGACGCACUAGAAAAUGCCACUCAACCCCUCCAACCCCACAAUCACCCGCCCUCCCCCAAACGCGGUGGUCUACGACCUCUCCUCUCCCACUCAAACCACCAUAACCCUCCCCCCCAACUCAACCUGGACCAGCGGCCUCCACUACCACACCACCCACACCGAAUACCUCCGCCUCCUGCACGGCUCCAUCUCGCUGCGCCUCGGCACCGCCACCACGAUCCUAACCGCACCCCCCGACGGCACGGGCAUCGAAGUGACCGUCCCGCGGGGCGUGCGGCACGAAUGGCGCCGCGCCGACUCCCCCGCCGUUAAGCAAGUGGACGGCGACGGCGACGUCGUUGUAGUCGAGCGAACCGACCCGGCCGACGGCGCGAAGAGCGUGUUUUUCUGGAACCUGAAUGGCGCGAUCCUGGAUGGCGGGAGGGGGAGGGGGUGGUGGGGGGCGGCGUGGUUGACGAUGGAGCUGCUGAUCGUCUUCCGGGCGUUGGACAACUGGCCCGUCUUUGUCGACCUGGGGGCGUUUGGGGGCGUCGGGCGCGCGUUGGAAGCGUGUGUCGCGCAUGGCGUGCUGGGCGCAGCGGGGGCAGCGGGGUGGCUAGCGGGGAUCCAGGCGGUGCGGAGGGAGCGGAUGCCUGGGGCGUUGUGGGAGGGGUGGGUGGGUGGGUGGGUGGGUCGAGAGUCAGAGCCAGAGCCAGAGCCAGAGCCAGAGAGUUCGGGGGGGGGGGGGGAAGAAAACCCUCUUGAUCGGAAAAUAGGCACGGUUCGUUGUAUCACUUCGGCCGUUUGA